AUGUUGAUUGCUGCUCAUAAAGAACAAAUUCAAAUUAAAGGAAUUACUUGUGUUAAUGGAAAUACAACAGUAGACAAUGUAAUUAAAAAUGUAUUUAGAACUGCUUGCAAAGUAACAGAUAUACCAGGUUUUCAAGGGGCACAUGCACCUUUACUUUGCAUUAAAAAUGCUGAACAAGCAGCCAAUUGUCAAUAUUUUGGUAGUGAUGGAUUUGGUGAUGUAUAUGAUACAAAAAUAGAUACCAGUAAAUUACAAAAACAGCAUGCUGUAUGUGCUUUAAAUAAAAUUGUAUCAGAAUAUCCAGAUGAAGUUACUGUUUUAUGCCUGGGACCUUUGACAAACAUAGCAUUAACCAUGAAAAUACCUGACUUUGUUAACAAUGUAAAAAAGUUUUAUAUUAUGAAGGGAAAUACAUUAGCACAAGGAAAUAUGACACCUCAAGCAGAAUUUAAUUUUUACAUGGAUCCACAAAGCGUAUAAGUUUUCAAUACCAACAAAAAACCUUUGCAGCUGUUACCGUGGGAAAUACGUUUAAAAUCAAUGUUAAAAACAUCGUUAAAAUCUGGAAUAGUAAAAAUAUUAGUUUACUGUCGUACAUUUUGA